GGGUGACAAAUGUAAGAUAUAUGUACUGAGGACUUGGCAAAGAGAUGCAGUCUAACGUAUUCUAUACCAGAAGCACCAACUUUUUGGUGGAGUAGAAAAAGUAUCAUGGUCAAAUGGAAAAAUCUUGCUGUGGCCUUGCUGGUGUUACUUUUGUGGUUUUCUUCUGCGGCUGUUGGGAAAAAAAUAGGUCCUUGUGUGUGCAUGGCGUACGGAGACCCCCACUUUCAGACCUGUGACGGACUGAAGUUUGAAUUCCAAGGUGGGACAUGUUCAUACAAUAUGAUGUCUUCGUGCAACUUAAUCCCAGGCAUAGACGACGAUCUGGUCACCUUCAGCGUGACUAUUAAGAACAGUGAGGCAGAGUCAGGAGAACAGACUACCUCUGUUCACGAAAUCAUUAUCCAGUUCAAUGGUAUCUUAAUCAUCAUGGCGUCCCAUGGCGGAGUGACGGUUAAUGACGCAUCUAUUUCUAUGAGCUCCGGACCCAAUGUUUUCAAUGGGUACAAUUUAACACGUAUUGUAGAUGGACAGAUAAAUAGACUGGAAACUGACUUCGGGCUGGCUGUUUUGGUCAAGCUGCCGAUAGCUGGCAAUAAGCAUAGAAUAAGAGUCAAAAUCCACAGGCGUUAUCGUAAAAAAGUGUGCGGUCUGUGCGGCAACUAUGACGGAAGAAUGGGCAACGACAUGCGCACUGCAAAUGGGACAAACUUGAAAAGACUUUCCAGAAAAAACCGCGUGAAAGCUUUUGCUGAACUAGGCAAAAGUCAUAUGGUCCAAUCAUUUAUUGAAGAACCAUGCGAGGACGUCAUACCCACUUUGCACGAGCAUCUGAAACUUGAAAAUAUGUUACAUGAGGUGGAUCCAACUGCUUGCCAGGGGGUUGAUUCUACAUUGCUUGCUCAAGCCGAGUAUUUAUGUCAAAUCCGUAAAAGGAGGAGUCCUGUCAAAAGGAUUUUCAGCCGUUGCCUUCGUCAACUGAGGAACCCAGUGCAUCACAUCAAUGUAACGGAAUUUGAAGAUGGUUGCGUCAGUGCCUUUUGUUCGGGGUUGACGAGAUCAAAAAGAAACGCCCAGCGACAGGUCUGUUAUUUCGUCCAGGCCCUAGGGGAGGUAUGCAGAGAUAUACAACGGAGAUCUGAGGGUUGGUGUGAAGUGCUGAAUUGCCCUGCUAAGCCAGAAUUGGGAUGUCAUAAAUGGGAACCAUAUUUGGCUCGGUACGCCGGAAUACCAUUUGUUUGAGCCCCACUCGUCUGAGCCUUUUGAAAUGCCGACCACUGAAGUAUCCGAUUCACAUAAUGCAGUGUAUAAGGUGUAUGCAGUUUCGAUCUUGGUGGAAUAUUCUUUCAAAUAGUUAUUUAUCGUUAUUAUGUCGUAUAAACAUGUAGCUUGUGUAUGUACAUGUUCACAUAGAUCGAUAUGGACAUUAUUUUAUAUCGGUAUGCCAAUUCAACAUUACAUAAAGUGUUUGACGCUGGAAAACAACUCAUUAUACAAGGAUUAAAUUCUUCAAUACCAAAAGAGUAUAAUUCAUGUUGCAAAAGAAAAAGAACGUUGAGGGAACAUUAUACGCGUACUAUGCAUGUGCUACGGGUUAGGUCCUAAGCAUGUCUGCAUGUAUUCCUUCUUUUUGGUGCAAUAACACUUGAACUGAAGGGUUAAUUUUCAGCUGGCUAAUUUCCUUUAAAGUGUGGUGCAGUAUAUUUAAUUUUGUCAUAUUUAAAAUGUUUAAUAAAUGUUGCUUUGUUUAAA